AGAUUGUUUGGGAAUGUUUUCCUUCCGAGUCUAAAAUUACAGAAUACGCAAAAAAGAUUGUUUUCGACAGCCACCAGAGAAAAGAUUCUUCCCAUCUUCGACAUCCUCUUGCCGGAAUUAAAUUAUGAAUAAGUUAAAGCUCAACCAAAAGGACAAGGUGAAGAAAUUCAUAUCCCUCACACACACCGGAGAACAGACGGCCAUUCGGUGCUUGCAGGAAAAUGACUGGAAGCUGGACCUUUCGUGUGACAACUACUUCCAAAAUCCAGACCUGUACUACCGCGAACUGGACCGGAAGAAGAUAGAGCAACUGUUCAGCGCUUACCGCGAUCCGGCCGACCCGAACAAAAUCAACUCGGACGGCGUCGAGCGGUUUCUGGAGGAUCUGCAUCUCAGCCCGGAAUCAAAGCUGGUCCUCAUCAUCGCAUGGCGGUUCAAGGCGGAAGCGCAGUGCGAGUUUUCGCGCAUGGAGUUCUUGAACGGGUUCUACGAUCUGGGUGUCGAUAGCUUAGAGAAGCUGAAGGAGAAAUUGCCGCGAUUGGAGCACGAGCUGAAAGAUCCGGGCCGCUUCAAAGAUUUCUAUCAGUUCACGUUCAACUACGCCAAAGAUCCGGGCCAGAAAGGGUUGGACCUCGACAUGGCUAUUGCCUACUGGAACAUCGUACUUAAAGAUCGGUUCAAAUUUCUCGAUCUUUGGUGCAAAUUUCUGGUGGAAAACCAUAAACGAUCAAUACCGAAGGACACGUGGAACCUGCUACUUGAUUUCGCUACCUACAUCGACGACAGUAUGUCAAACUACGAUGCGGAAGGCGCGUGGCCGGUUCUGAUCGAUGAUUUCGUAGAGUGGUGCUUGAAGCAGAACAAAGUAACGCACCCCUCCGUGAUCACUUCGACGACGGGCGGACACGGAUCGAGCACCGGCAGCACAUCGUCCUCCCUGCUGCAUCUACCUUCCACAUCGGCCAUGAUGAGCGGAGUCUCCGGUGCGGCUACGUCGACAACGACGGCCUCGAAUCCAUACGGUGGCAGCCGAUCAAGCCCGUAUGGGGCCGCCGGCGGUACGGCUAACAUGUUUUACUAGACCAAGUCAGUCUCUCUUGCUCUUCGUCGCUCCAUUGAACUGUAAUUGUUUUGUGCCGGCGAACAUCGAAGAAUAGCUUCAUUGAUGUCACAAAGACACCGGACGUCCAGUCAAUUGGUCCUCAGUUAAGUGUUAUACGUUUUUUUGGAGAAUCGCUCGUUCGAUCAAGCUACAAUUUGUCCACUAAAGUAGGGCGAGUCAAGGUAGUUCCGCCUUUGGUCACUGUGGUAACGGAACGCUUGAUGGUUUAUCUGUUUUUCCGGCCAUGGCCGGCCAUACCACACC